AUGCCUUUCAUGAUGCACUUUGGGCACCGCGGUGAAGGGAAGUGGAGUAAACGCUUUUUCACGAAGGAAGAAAGCGUCAACAAUUUGCUGGGACGCCCUUACUUUGUCUACUGUAUUCACGUGGUGGUGGAGAAAAUUGAGAAGAAACCGAUCAUUCUGAAUAAGUUGGCUAAACCAGUUAUUGCGUCGGUUGAGGAAGAUUUCGUGACGACCGGAGACGGCAUUGUUCAGAUGGUUAUCAAGAACGAUUCAGUGCCGGAAACCGUUGGCGGUACAUUGAAGGUUGAGGUAAUCGAGACCGGUCCCUUGCAGACCAAGGCCUCGCCAGGUCAGGCGGAAACACGCUCCAUUAACCAUCAGCAGGAGCAAGGAGAAAGAGGUGUGUUUCCGUGCACGGAGUGUGAUCGAUCAUUUCCGUUGAAGCAACUGUUGGACAUUCACAUGUUGAAUCACACGCGCGCUCGUAACUUUCCGUGCGAACUGUGUGACAAGCGGUUCUUUUCUAAGUACGAUCUGGCCAAGCACCAUACGACACACACCGGCGAACGGCCAUACGUGUGCGUGGUUUGCCGGGCGGCCUUCAGUCGAUCCACGCUGCUGACUCGCCACCAGACGACGCACAAGGACCUGCUGCAGCACACCUGCACGUACUGCAAUCGAGACUUCAUAACGGAAGCGGAUCUGAGCGGAAGAAUUUCGGACACGAAGAGCACUGGAACGGACGGAGCUUCUCGUUUCGUGACGAACGAUAAACUAGAGGCCCACCAUCAGGCGAUGCAUCUGGACGAGCUGGCCGACGAGUUGACGGAAGAGCAGCGGGAGCAGCUGAUGAGCGAGGAGCAGGAGCGAGGAGCAGAUGAAGAGAAGGCGCAAUUCAAAGUGAAGCGUUCUCGGGGUCGCGAUCCAGCCCGCCUAGAAAUGAUCUUUGAACCAGACGAACUUGAUGAAUCAGAAGUGAUCCUCGGAGGCGACGAACUACUGGUCGAAGAAUCAGAUGUUGCUGGGUUCGAUGAUACGAAUGGAGUGUAUCUAUAUGAUGAACAUGGACAUCUGUUCCGCGAUCCACCGGAAACGAUCGAGGAUGGCACGAUCGAAGUGACGGAGCUCGAGCUGACAUCGAAAAUGGAGGAAAACGAGCCAACGGAGGAGACACCUGAACGCACGACACUACCCGAAAACAAGAUUAAGGUUGACCGGCAGUCAAGUUUCGAUCUAUGUCAACUGAUAAAACAUCGGCGAACUACUUCGGAGAAAAGCAAAUCGGUGUCCGAUGUACUGAAGAACCUCCCGAAAGGCGUGACGAUCAAAUCUUCUCUGUCAACCGUAACACAGAAAUCGGAGGUAGCUCACGCAUCGACAAACCCGGAAUCCAGUAAGGUUCGGGAAUGGAAUGUUCUUACGUCGGUUCCAAAAUCGAAAGCAAUCGUUUCAGAAAAGCCAAUGCCAGUUGCUCAGGUGGAAAAGAAAAUUGUAGUUCGAGGGCCGGUCAAAGUUGACAAACCUUCUCCGGAAAUCGCCAAGGCAAACCCGGCAGCGGUGGUUGGAAAGGUAAACCCGGUAGCGGUGGUUCGGAAGGACAAAUCGGAAGCCAACACUUCCAAGGGGAACACUUCCGGAGGCAACGUGAAGGUGGAAAGUGUAAAGCUUGACAAAAGUCCUCCAAAGCGAAGCGCCAGCUCCGGUGUGCUGCAUUACGGCAAACCACACGCAGUGAAACCGUCGGUGGAAAAGCCGCCUGGCAAGAGUGUGUCCUCAUUAAAACGCCCCGAAGGAUUGGCGACAAAGGUAGAGCGGAAGUAUUCGGUUGCUGCGAAACAACCGGCAACUCCGAAAGCUGCUGAACUACAGGAGCAACCCGGGCCUAGCAAGCGAUUGUUAGUGCAGCGAAAAACACUGGACCCAGCUGCAACGGCUGCACCCUCGACCAUGACCCGUAAUGCGCAACAACUGGCCAAUGUGACACGAGCGGUUAAGCGCUUGGCAACGCCAACUCCCGCUUCGACCGUGGGCAAUCCGGUUGAGAUGAGCGUCGGCGGCAAGAAAAUUAAGAUGCAAAAAUUGGUUUUCUCGAAAGCGAAUACGGUCGCCCUGGCGCGCGAGGGAAAGUUAAAAGACAAACCAUAG